AUGUCUGAGGAUGAUCCUGUCAGCGCCAUCUUACGACUGUUAGACGAGGCUCAUCAGCUAAACUUCGUUCGACUCAAAAUUUUCCUUACCAGCAGACCGCAAAAACAUAUUUUCACCAGCUUUCAACACGAUGUGUCUGAAUUCCACUGUUGCAUAGCCGGACUUCAUGGAGAAGGAUCAAAUUAUGAUAAGGGUAGAUUCCAACAGGACAUCAAGAACACGCUCAAACAUAAGCUACGUGAAAUAGCCGAUAGGCAUGGCCUUGAGCCAGAAUGGCCUGGGGACAGAAGACUAAAUGCGCUUUCUGAGAAGGCUGAUGGGCUGUGGAUAUAUGCUUCAACGGCUUGGCGUUUUAUAGGUGAUUAUAGAGUGACGAAAGAGAAAGCUAAAUCACGUCUGGAUCUACUUCUAAGGGAUGACCGAACUCCCCGUGAGACAGUGGACAGAAUUUAUGUCGAGGUCCUCCAGGAUAUUCUCGACCCUGCAACGCCCGAGGAAACGGACGACACCCGUCUCAUAUUUCAAGCGACCGUUGGGGCCAUUAUCGUGCUCUGCGAACCUCUCUCUAUGGCUGCAUUGAGCGACCUCAUAGGCAAGGAUAUUGCUGACACGAAAGACAUUCUAGAAAGUCUGAGCUCAGUCAUCCAUCUCGCAGCCAGCCAGGAUUCCCCAAUUCGUCUCGUGCAUCCAUCCUUCCCGGAAUAUUUGACAAGCGAAGACAGAUGCCUCGAUAGGACCUUUCUGGUGUCGAGGAAGGAAAAGCAUAUCGAUCUAUUCAUCAAUUGCAUUGAGACACUCAGCAACAUGCUGAGACGAGACAUAUGCCAAUUCGGAGACAUUUUCACCCUGAGCUGCGACAUUGAUCCAGAUAUGGUGAACCAGACAAUUCCCCCGCACAUGAAAUAUGCCUGCAUCUAUUGGCUGGAGCAUUUGCAGUUGAGUGGAAGCUCUCACCUUGUUCUAGACAAUGGGCCAGUGUAUAGGUUCUUGCAAAAGCAUCUUCUUCAUUGGCUCGAGUCGUUAAGCAUCAUGGGAAUGAUAUCUGAGGGAAUGCGUGCUGUGAUAAAGCUCUCGGAGUACUUGAUGAGUCUUCCCUGUGGUGGGCGAUCCGGGCUGUGUGAUUUUGUCCAUGACAUAAAACGUUUUAUGCGCCACUCACGAACGAUCAUCGAGAAGGCACCCUUGCAGGUCUACAUCUCAGCACUUAUUUACACUCCUGAACAAAGCCUUGUCCGGAAGCAGUACGAGAACGCAAUCCCUGAGUGGAUAAUUGAGCCACCAGCGAUGCGGAAAUACUGGAGCCCUUUAUUACAGACACUGGGAGGUUAUGAGGCCCUUAGUGAUAUCUCUGACGCAUGCAAGGGUCUCGCCUUAUCACCCGACGGCAAGCUACUUGCAACUUCGAAAGUUGAAAUCUGGGAUACAACUACAGGAACACUUCUUAACACCCUUAAGCCGAUGGGGAUUGGGUGCUCUGUCUCGUUCUCCAGAGAUGGCAAAAAAGUCAUAUCGUUAUCGAAAGAAGGGAAUGUGACAGAGUGGGAUGUGUCCUCGGGGCGCUUGAUAAAACAGAUAAAAUCCCCCAUCCAAGGCCAGUGGGCUCUUGCGCAAACCUUUUCCGUUGACAGGAUCAGAGCAGCUUCGUAUUCAUUGGGGGGCACACAUUUACUUCUUGAUAUCAAGCGAGGGAAAGUAACAAAAUCAUUCAAGCCUCACGAGUCGAAGCUCUUGUCUAUGGCGCUUUCACCUAAUGGUGAGCUUCUGGCAACUCUAUGUACAAAGGGAAUGGUUCGGAUGUGGAACACAACGGAUGCUACUUUGGAUUAUUCCAUUGAAGCAGGUGAUCCCAAGAGAGUCUCGACAGGGAAGGUGGCAUUCUGCCCUACUGAGGAUGUAAUUGCCGUUCUAUGGGCCAGAACUAUAUCCAUCUGGUGCCUGAAAACGCACCACAAGCUCAAAUCCUUUUUCGUUGACGACGUCAGGGAUUUCACCUUCUCCCAGGAUAGCAAAAUCCUGAUCAGCAGUGGGCUUGACCAACAACAGAAAGGAAAAUUCAAGUGGUGGGAUUGGGCUUCUGGCACGGAGGUCAAGACAACUUAUGGCGGCGGUCAGCUGCUCCAGCUGUCCCCCGACGGCAGGCUGUUGGCAUCUGCGCAGGACUAUCAAAGCGACCAAAGAAAUCUAAUCAAAGUAUGGGAUGCCACAUCUGGAGAGCUCCUCCAAGCUCUGGAUGAUAGCACAAGCCCUGCACAGGUUUUCGAAUUUUCUAAUAAUGGGUCUCUUCUGGCGACCAAGUCUGUUCAGGAAGGUAUUCGCUUGUGGGACCUUACGGGGAAACCAGUGAACGAGAAUUCCAUGAAACAAUUUUCGUCAUCUCAUAUUUACCAGCUGUACCUAGCUCCUGACCACAACAGUGUCGCAGUCAUGAGCGAUUGUAUAUAUCUUUGGAACGUCCGGACCAAAAGCCCGGCAAUGGAAGUUGAGAGUUGGUUCCCUCACAAGGCUUUGUUUUCUCCAGACGGGCGUUUGUUUGCCAAUCACACCAGAUCAAGUGAUCAGGUAUGGAGCAUGGAUACUGGGAAGCUGGUGUGCAUACUCCCUAAGACAUCCUGGGAAGACUCAGAGUUCACUUUCAGUCCAAAUGGUGACAUCUUCGCGCAAGCCGUAUGGAUAAGAGGGUCCCCGGACUUGAUGAUGAAUGACUCUGAGAUGAAACCCGACUUGGAAGAGCAGCCUCCUCAGCGUGAUUCUGGCUAUGAUAGAGAGAGCUACUCGAUUAACUUGUGGAACAGAAAGACUAGGGAGAUCGGACCAGUGCUGAAGGGAUCUGGAUAUAAUAUAUCUUCUUUGUCAUUCUCCCCAGAUGGAGAGCUUCUGGCUGUAACAUUGCCUGACAGAGGCAUUUCGAUAUGGAGCUUAUCAUCUGGAAAGCUCAAAACCAUGCUACUGAUAUCUGACAGUGACGGCAAUAUCUCUCACACUGCAUGGUCCCCUGAUAACACACAUCUAGCAUCCGUGUCUGGCAAUGGCACUGUGUUGCUUUGGGAUACAGUUACUUGGACCUUGAGGAGGUUGAUAGGAGAUUACCCGGGAGGGGAAAGGCAUACACCGAGGGCGAUCGCAUUCUCCCCGGAUGGCAAAUUGCUGGCCUCUGGAUGGACCAGAGGCUUUUCUUCUUGGGAACCGCGUUCUCCCGAAGGUGGAACAAGCCUGUGGGAUGUGAAGACCGGCAUCCUCAUUGGUACUCGAGGUGUUGCAGCUAGCCGGCAAACUCUCUGCUUCUCUGCCAAUGGGACAAGCAUAAUGACGGACAUCGGUCGAGCCGACGUUCGGUCCUUUUACAAGGGAUCCGAGUACGCCUCCUCGCGUGAUCUAGCAGUAUUCGAAGAUGAAUGGGCCCGGAUUGGGAAUGAAGCGAUCCUGCUGCCUAAUGACUACCACGCUACAUGUGCUGCUGCUACUGAUGAUGAUCUUCUAAUAAUGGGCCAUGCGUCUGGCAAAGUGACUUUUCUUCGAGCCAAGGCACCUGAAGAUUAG